ACUCACUCUCCUAAAUUCUGUGAGGGGCCUGGUUAGGCUUUGUUUUCUUUUCCAAGCUGGUCAUUGAACUUUUGUCCAUUUUGUUUUAUACACAAUCUGUCAGCUGGUGGAGGGGACUGCUUACCAGCAAAACCAUGAAGGCUCAGCUUUUGUGGAUAUGUCUUUCCUUCUUUUCUCUGACCUUUAUCGAAGCAAACGUAUUUCUGCCUCAAGAGAGUGCAAGUCAAGUUUUCAGAAGACAUAAGCGUGCCAAUAGCAUUUUUGAAGAGCUAAAACAAGGUAACUUGGAAAGAGAAUGCAAUGAGGAGCAGUGCAGCUAUGAAGAAGUGAGGGAAGUGUUUCAGAAGGAAGAACCAACUAAGGAAUUCUGGAACACAUAUGUAGAAAUUCCAAAGCUGUGCCAAACCAACAAUGGGGGUUGUGAGCACUUAUGCAAGGUGGAAAGGGUCGUCACGUGUUCAUGUGUUGAGGGGUAUAAACUUGGACAAGACAGGAAAUCAUGCAUUACUGAUGUAUUUCUGUCGCAAGAGAGUGCAAGUCAAGUUUUCAGAAGACAUAAGCGUGCCAACAGCUUUUUUGAAGAGCUAAAACAAGGUAACUUGGAAAGAGAAUGCAAGGAGGAGCAGUGCAGCUAUGAAGAAGCGAGGGAAGUGUUUGAGAAGGAAGAACCAACUAAUGAAUUCUGGAACAAACAUGUAGAAAUUCCAAAGCUGUGCCAAACCAACAAUGGGGGUUGUGAGCACUUAUGCAAGGUGGAAAGGGUCGUCACGUGUUCAUGUGUUGAGGGGUAUAAACUUGGACAAGACAGGAAAUCAUGCAUUACUGACGAUGGUGAUCAGUGUCGUCAAGCCCCUUGUCAGAAUGGGGGUGUCUGCACUGAUGGUAUUGGAGCUUAUGUGUGUGACUGCAAGGACGGCUACCAAGGUCAAAACUGUGAAAUUGAUACAGCCGAGUGUCUUCCCGCUGUGCACUUUGGGUGUGAUCAAUUUUGCCAUCCUGGCUCCGAUAACUCUUAUGUUUGCUCCUGCACAAAGGGUUACACACUUGGUGCAAAUAAAAAGACUUGUAUUCCUCAAGUGAAGUUUCCCUGUGGAAAACAGACGACUUUCCAAUUCCCUUGGCAGGUUCAGUUAGUAAACGAAGACACCACAGGCUUUUGUAGCGGUGCAAUCCUGGGGCAGUAUUUGGUGCUAACUGCAGCUAAAUGUGUUUCCAUGGUCAGCACAUUUCAAGUUGUUGUAGGAAAUCAAUCAACGGGUCAUGAUAAUAACAUCAUGCAAAUACUGCACGUCGACAGUCUUCACAUACAUCCCAGAUACAAGAACGGAACAGAGAACGAUAUAGCUUUAAUAACACUAAGGGAACCAAUCCAGUUCAAUAAAAAUGUCAUUCCCAUCUGCAUUCCCGAAAAAGACUUUGCGGAACACAUUCUGAUGCAGAGGAAGCCAGGUGUGGUGAGCAGAUGGGGAAGUGGCUGGAAUGAAACCAAGGGUCCCGUGCCUACUGUGGAGCUGCCAUACCUGCCUCUGGAGACCUGCCAGGAGAAACACAACUUCACCAUCUCAAACAAGAUGUUUUGCACAGAGGAACUCAGCCAUGCCAGCUGCCAGUUGGCCAGCGGAAGCCCUAUCGUCUCAUCACAUAAAGGCAUCUGGUUUUUAACUGGCAUUCUGAUAUCUGGGCCGGCAGAAUACGACUGCAACCAAGGAUAUAUUUUUAUAAAGAUAACUAGAUACCUGUCAUGGCUCAAGCCUUUCUUAUACGAUCACAAUUAACUGAGACCUGUAAGAUAUGUAAUAGAAAGGUUUUUACUGUAUCUAGCCAGCUAAAUCAUGUGCUGGAAAAAGGCAUACCAAAUGUAUUGUACAACCCUUUUGUUUGUAACUUUUUUCCAAAUGUAAAACAUUCUAACCAUAUUCCUUUGCAGGCAUGAUCUUACCAAGAGCAUCUUAUCAUAUGCUUUUAAAAUGCCCUUUCUAACAUUGGGCUUUUUAUUUGCUUAAUUAUUUUCAGAAAUUGCUUUAGCACAGCUUGGUACAUUUUCAACAUGUGUCUGAAACUGCUUUCAACUACCUCUUCCAUUAUGUUUUGGGUUGUUAAUUGUUCUACAGUUCACACUGUUUAGAAGAAUCAUAUCUGGAUGAUUUGAUUCUUAUAAGUGGUUGAUUCUUAAAAGUGGACCGAUACUGUGGUGCAGAGUCGGUAUGUUAGUUUGAGAAUGAAAGCUUUGUUCCCUGCAGUGUUAUGAGUUACCGCAUGUAUGCACAGGGACCAUACGUUUAGUUAGUGUGCCAACUGAAACCGAGGUUUAUUUUGUUUGUUUGUUUUAUUAGCGGUUGUUUCCCCACCGCACUGUAAGAAAAAUAAAACCAACACCGGUUUUAAACUGUAAA